AUGCGUCCUCGAGGAUCUCGUACUGGAGACCAAUACUUGAGCACAUCACACUUCAUCCAUGUUAGGCCGAUGUUUGAGAUGGCAUGGAUACCCUUCUUGGCUGAAUUGUUCAGCCCACUUCAAACUACGGAUGGCCUUGAGAUAGCUUAUCUCUGCUUGUAUGAAUUCAAGAAUGCCAUCCGCAUAGUUUACUCCUUCGAUGUGGACCUCGAACGCAAUGCGCAUGUUAGUACCCUUGUGAAGCUCACACUGUUUGUUGAACCCAUUUACCUCAGGGACGUGUUCUUGUGGGAGCUCAUUUCAAACGCCAAUGAUACACUCGACAAGCGUUGGUUCACCGCGGUCACAGAGAAGAGCAUGUGGGAUGGUGUCUCCCCUUUGAACCUUACUAUCAAAAACAGAGAAGGCAUGAGUGGCAACGCAGGGCGGCUUGAUCGCCUUUGA